GUAAAAUUUAGGCGGGAAUAAACACUGCGAUAGUUUCAUAAAUUGUUUCAUCUAAUUUACUAAAAAUUGUUUGAAAAUAAUAAUUAAAAAUAUAUUACAGUUUUAUUUAUACCAUUUUAAAAAUGGCACCGAAAAAAGCAUCGAGAGAUUAUGUCAAAGAUAAAGAACAACUGAAAACAUUCUUAACUGAAUUUAUGGUUAUGGAUGAUAAAAGUGGCGACAAAAUAUUUAAAUAUAGACAACAACUUACUAAACUUGCUCAUCGUGAACAGAUAGCUCUCAUUAUUGAAUUAGAUGAUGUAAAUGAGUUUGAUGAUGAAUUGGCUGUUGCUAUUGCAAAUAAUACACGAAGAUAUGUUAACAUUUUACUAGACCUUGUUCAAGAAAUUCUACCAGAUUUUAAAGAGAAACCUGUACCUCCUAAAGAUGCAUUGGAUGUGUACAUUGAACAUCGGUUAUUGAUAGAAAGUCGUAACAGACAUCCCGGUGAUCAACGAGAUCCUAGGAACAAAUACGCUCCAGAGCUUAUGCGACGUUUUGAAAUAUAUUUCAAGGAUUUCAGUGAUGCUAAAGCUUUUUCUGUUAGAGAAAUAAAAGCUGAUAAGAUAGGAAAAUUGGUAACGGUUAGAGGUAUCGUUACUCGAUCCACUGAAGUAAAGCCUAUGAUGGUGGUUGCUACUUAUACUUGUGACCAAUGCGGUGCAGAAACAUAUCAACCAGUACAAUCGCUUACUUUUAUGCCGUUGAGAAUAUGUCCUAGCGAUGAUUGUCGUGUAAAUAAAGCUGGUGGUAGAUUGUAUAUGCAAACUAAAGGAUCCAAGUUUAUUAAAUUUCAAGAAAUUAAACUGCAAGAACAUAGCGAUCAAGUUCCAGUUGGUCAUAUUCCUAGAUCAAUAACAAUCUUUUGCAGAGGGGAAACUACACGACAAUGUUUACCAGGAGAUCAUGUAACCAUUACCGGAAUCUUUUUGCCCUUAGUAAAGACUGGAUUCAAUCCUAGGGGUGGAUCUGCCCUUUUAAGUGAUACGUAUUUGGAUGCACAUAGGAUCGUAUGUUGUACAAAUUCACAAACCAUAGAUGACAGUAGUGCUCAGUUGACGGAUGAAGAAUUGGCAUUAUUAUCGCAAGAUGAUUUUUAUAGUAAACUGGCUACAUCUUUGGCACCGGAGAUUUAUGGAUUGGAAGACGUCAAGAAAGCUUUAUUGCUGCUUCUUGUAGGUGGUACAGAUAAAAAAAGGGGUGAUAUUAAAAUUAGAGGUAACAUCAAUAUAUGUUUGAUGGGUGAUCCAGGUGUUGCAAAAUCUCAAUUACUUUCAUUCAUAACACGUCUAGCACCAAGAUCUCAAUACACUACAGGAAGAGGAUCUUCUGGUGUUGGUUUGACUGCUGCUGUUAUGAAAGAUCCUUUGACUGGUCAAAUGAUACUCGAAGGUGGAGCUUUGGUAUUAGCCGAUCAAGGAGUUUGUUGCAUUGAUGAAUUUGAUAAAAUGGCGGAGGCUGAUAGAACUGCCAUACACGAAGUUAUGGAACAGCAAACAAUAUCGAUUGCAAAAGCUGGAAUCAUGGCACGUUUAAAUGCUCGAGUAUCUAUUUUGGCCGCUGCUAAUCCUGCUUAUGGUAGAUAUAAUAGUAAGAGAACGAUCGAACAAAACAUUCAGCUUCCCGCUGCUUUGUUAUCGAGAUUUGAUUUAUUAUGGCUCAUUCAAGAUCGUGCAGACAGAAGUAACGAUUUAAAAUUGGCACAGCACAUAACUUAUGUUCAUCAACAUUCUUCUCAACCACCUACUGAAACUGAAGCCUUAGACAUGAAUUUAAUACGGAAGUAUAUUAAUCUAUGUAAAAUAAAAGAACCUUCCAUUCCUGAAGAUUUAGCAGAAUACAUUGUCGAUUCCUAUGUGGAAAUGAGAAGAGAGUCGCGUAAUAGCGUUGAUCAAACUUUUACUUCUGCUCGUAAUUUAUUAGCAGUGCUACGAUUGGCAACAGCAUUAGCACGUCUUAGAUUAGCGAAUGCUGUUGAAAAAGAAGACGUAGCUGAAGCAAACAGAUUGGUAGAAAUGUCGAAGCAUUCGAUUAAUUUUUCUGACUCCAAACCGAACAAUGCUCAAAGAAAUCCUAUUGACAGAAUCUACUAUCUUAUUUUGGAAUUAGCCAGUGGCAAUAAAACCGUUAAAGUAUCAGAUAUAUUGGAACGAUGUACGAGUAAAGGAUUUAAGCCUGAUCAAGUGAACGAGUGCAUAGAAGAAUACGAAAGAUUAGAUGUUUGGCAAGUGAAUCAAACGAGAAGACAGAUUACUUUCAUUCAAAAAGAUUAAUUCAAUACAUCUAUUUUUAUACAUUUUCUUAUCUUAUCCUAAUAUAUAUCACAUUGU